UUCAGAGACAGAGCAGAGUGGGCUGAUAUAGCUCCUGUGCCGCAGAAUGAUGGCCCCAAUCCCGUCGUCCAAAUCAUUUAUAGCGAAAAAUUUAGAGAUGUUUAUGAUUAUUUCCGGGCUGUUCUGCAACAGGAUGAAAGAAGUGAGCGGGCUUUUGCACUAACCCGGGAUGCUAUUGAGUUAAAUGCUGCCAAUUACACCGUGUGGCAUUUUCGGAGAGUUCUUUUAAAGUCACUUCAAAAGGAUCUGCAUGAGGAGAUGGACUAUAUCACUGCGAUAAUCGAGGAGCAACCUAAGAACUACCAAGUUUGGCAUCAUAGACGAGUUUUGGUCGAAUGGCUGAAAGAUCCAUCUCAGGAACUUGCGUUUAUUGCUGAUAUUCUUAAUCAGGAUGCAAAGAAUUACCAUGCCUGGCAGCAUCGACAGUGGGUUAUUCAGGAAUUUAAACUUUGGGAUGAAGAACUGCGAUAUGUAGAACAACUUCUCAAAGAAGAUGUGAGAAAUAACUCUGUCUGGAACCAAAGAUACUUUGUAAUUUCUAACACCACAGGCUACAAUGAUCCGGUUGUUUUGGAGAGAGAAGUCCAGUAUACUCUGGAAAUGAUCAAACUCGUACCCCAUAAUGAAAGUGCAUGGAACUAUUUGAAAGGGAUUUUGCAGGAUCGUGGCCUUUCUAAAUACCCUAACCUGUUGAAUCAAUUACUUGAUUUACAACCAAGUCACAGUUCUCCCUAUCUGAUUGCCUUUCUUGUGGAUAUCUAUGAAGACAUGCUAGAAAACCAGUGUGACAACAAAGUGGACAUUCUUAACAAAGCACUGGAGUUGUGUGAAAUCCUAGCUAAAGAAAAGGACAUUAUAAGAAAGGAGUAUUGGAGAUACAUCGGAAGAUCCCUUCAAAGCAAACACAGUUCAGACAGUGAGCAGCCAGUCACUGCCCAGCAAUAACACCAGCCUGAAGAACUGGAUGGGAUGACUUGGUUUUUUUGAGGAACUCCAAGGAGUAGUCUGAAACUAGAGCAGCUGUUCCCUUUGCUUGUAUUGGGAAUAAAAAUGUAAAAGAUUAUUUAUCUCCUUUGCACAGUAAAAUGUGCACUGCGCAAGUACUGCUUUUUAACAAGAACUACAUGCAAUGCUCCUCAGGUGCUGCUGCUAAUCAGACUAGCUCUAAGUAAUUGGAUUUUUCUUCAAGCAAAGUGAAUGGGGGAUGAGUGGGGAGCCCCAUACAGGAAUUUUGUAGUCUUAACAACAUUCAAUCUAAUCUCCUAGCAUCACCUCCUCCCCAAUGAACUGUGUGUGAAUUCACAGCAGUAGUGAGUGAGUGAGUGUGUGUGUGUGUGAGAGAGAGCGAGAGAAUUUGCAGCAGUAAUGAUUGCAGGUAACUGUGUGCUGGGUAAGAGGUGACCUGGAUCGCAAGCAGAGUGAGCAGGGAGUGGUUAUGUUAGAUCUGCUAUGCCACACUGACGGUAUCUUGCUAUCACUGUAACCAACUAAUGCUAAAAGAAUGGUUUUAUAAUAAAAGUAUAGCUUUAUCCAAAAGCA